GUCAAAAUUCGCUCGAAAUUCAACCUUCCCGUACGUGAAAUUAGCCCUGCUCGUCGGGGAUUGUGUGCUCUUCUCGCUCUGCUGGUCCUGUUGGUGCGCGGGUUCCGCAGAAUGAACGACUACCUGCAGAAUAUUUUGAACAACGACAUCUCCGAGCUGAAGAAGGAGUUUCCUCUGUUUGAAACGGAUUCGUUCGAGUUGCAGCAGCAGCAGCAGCAGCUACAUCGGGGCUGGAGCAACAACAGUAAGGCUGGAGAAUUACUGAAUUCGGAACAAAGUGAGUCCUCGUCGUCGUCGUCGUCGUCGAAUUCGAGGGCGUUGUUCGCUGCCGGAGGGGCAACGGUCCAGGAUUUGGAUGUUAUUCAGUUGGAGCCAAUUUCGAUUAAGUCCGAAAAGAAUUACCCCCAAAUCAUCAAAGUCAAGCAAACGUUUCGCUUUCCGAACAACUUCAUAACCAAGAAGAACUCCUUCCACUCGUACAGUCACCACCAGUCCGGUGUCCAACUUCCCUUGCUCCCUCGGAACAUGUGCAGUCAAACGAGCAAAACCAUCGUCGAACUUUACGAAUCCCAGAAGCGCGAGAACGACGUCCGCAACAUCCUCUCGCCCCAUCCGAACGACGAUGGUGGCGGCUGUUCGGAUAGUGAAUCGUCCUCCAACGCACCCAGUGCCGGCCAGACUCAACAAAACGCUUCCUACACCGUGGUAACUAACCCUUCCAAGAAGCCCUACCACAAGUCCACGGCCAGGCCCGUGGACAUGAUCCUGAUCAAACCGAAAAAUCAUCGUUCGGUCGCACCCACCACUCCGUACUUUGGAACGAAGAAGAAACGGCCCUGCUCCAAACGGAAGUACACCCGAAACGUUCGCUCCAGGGAUCGCUUCUCGCUGCCGGCUUCAAAGUCACCGAAAUGCAAGACAAGAUAUCCGGCAUCCAAGGUGGAGAACACCAGCACGGAGCUGGACAGCGACAAAGUCGAGUACGAGGAUGAUUCGCUGAACAUGAGCUCGGAAAGUAGUAACCCAUCGAACGAUUCCUUGGGCGACGAAUGUUCGACCUUUGGGACGACUCGGAUCAACAAGAUCAUCGACAAGCUGCAAGAUCACAUCUGGGAGGUUAGUCUACAGGGAAUUCGCGAACUGAUGAAAGACGCUAGCCACAUCGAUUGGAAGCAGCACGAAAAGCAUAUGGCCAUGAUCAACAGAAAGAUGAUCGAUUUCGUAAAGAGUCCACGAUCGUCGUUGUGUCGAACGGCUUGCCAGGCCACCGGAGAACUGUUCCGGGAAGCCAAGUCAACCAUACGACCGGAGUUUGACGAACUUGUUGAUGUUAUCCUGUGCAAGACAGCUGAUCCCAAUCGGUUCAUACAGAAGGAUGCCAACGUAGCGCUGGAUAAAUUGGUGACGUAUAUUCCAAUUUCGCACUCGGUGCGAGCCCUGUCGGCGAGGGGACCUGUCCACAAGAACCCGUUGGUCCGCAUCGCCACCGCCAGACUGCUGGUGUGCAUCUGUGCCCUUUCCGGACUGGAUGCCAUCCUAGGGACGAACGCGAACCCCAGAACCAGGAAAGCGAUCCUUACCAUGCUGGCCAAGUUUUUGACAGACAAAAACCUGGAAACUAGGAAAUACGGCGAACGUCUGUAUAAGAUGCUCCGGAAGCACAAGUUCUUCAACGAAUAUUUCUACAAGGACAUGGACAGCAACUGCAAGGCGAAUCUGAAACGAACACUGAAGGGUAUUUGACUGCCGGCGGG